UUGAAUUCUAGAAACUGAAAGUAAACUUAAUAAUAAGUCUAAAAAGAAAAUUGAUAUUAUUCUAUUUAUAAGUUUAAUUAAUUUAAGUACAUGUUUUUCUAACCAGAUGUGUUAUAAUUUUUAAUUAACUUUUGAGACAUGGACAUUGAUGAUAAAAAUGGAUUUCUCGAAGAAAAAUAUCUUUUGGUUGCUAAAGCAGAUAAUGUAAAGCACAUAUCUUCACUGUUAAAAGCAGUUAAUUUUAAAGAUGUAGGCGUAUUUUUUGCAACAGAACAUGGCUUAAAAAUAGUAGUGGAAGAUUCCAAAUGUGUUCAAGCAAAUGCUUUUAUUGGCAGCGAGAUAUUUCAAGAAUAUCAACUUAGCGAUGAUACUGUAGCAUUUCGUGUUGAUUUAAAUACAUUAAUCGAGUGCCUUACCAUAUUUGAUGGUUGUUCAAUAAAUCCUGGAUUAACAACAGCUUUGAAAUUAACAUACAAAGAAUAUGGUUCUCCAGUGAAACUAUUAUUAGAAGAAGGUGGUAUUAUAACCGACUGUUCAUUGAGGACAAUGGAAGUGUUUGAUAUAUUAGAUUUUAGUAUACCUGCUGAAUUAGCGACAAGUAAAAUCAUUUUAAGAUCUUCUGAUUUCAAAGACAUUCUUAGUGAUAUUGACAGCUCAUCUGAUUAUGUAGAAUUUACUUUUUCUCAAGAACCUGAAUUCUUCAAAAUUUUAACUUCAGGAAUUGCAGGAAAAUGUAGUGUUGAAAUUCCAUCUAAAAGUGAAAUAAUGGAGCAGUUUGUAUGUAGCGCUACAAUAACUGUAAAAUAUAAGUAUAGACAAAUAAAGCCAUUUUUGAAAUGUAUGAACAUAUCUCAAAAAACGUUAAUUAGAACUAACGAAGAAGGCUUAUUGUGUUGCCAAUUUAUGGUACAAGUAGAUACCCAUACUUGUUAUAUGGAAUAUUUUUGUACACCAAUUGUCGAUGAAGACUGAUAAAAAGAAAGUAUUCAUUAGACUAAUCAAAAUUUUAAAAAAAGUUCAUUAUUAUUUUAUAAUGACAAUUAUUUGAAAGAGCCAUACAAGUAUUAACUUUAAAAUUAACAUACAGAUAAAAUGUUGUUACCUCAUACCCAUCCAUAUAAAACAUAAAAUAUGUAGUAAUUUAUCGAAGAACAAGAAAGUUAUUAGUAUGGUUUAGACAAGAAAUUUUAUUUGUUAACUCUUAAGAGCAAGAAAAUACAUAUUCUGACUUAAGUUCCUAAUUUUAAUCAUAAUGAAUUAAUACUUUAGUACAUUUAAUAUUGAUACCAGACAGUUAAAAAUACUAAA